CAUCUUCCUGUCCUAUUUGUAGCAAACACUGAGGUUGCUAGCAGGCAGGCUAGCUUUGAAACAAUGUGUCUUUACUCAUUCCUUACGUUCUUAUUUUGGAGGUAGAGAAGUCUUAAAAAUAUUUAUAUUCUGUGUUUUUAAAUAUACGAACACAGUUCGACUAAGGCUCCGCCCCCUCGUAGAGGUAAACAAACGAUAAAUUCGUCAUUAAACGGGAUCGAGCUGGCGUACAGUAGCCGUCAUCUCCCUGCUGUUGUCGUCGCCUGUAAAUGUAAAUAACCAUUGUUUCGCCAUGAAUUGCCGCUCUGAGGUGCUGGAGGUCACAGUGGAGGCCAGGCAGGUGGAGGAGUCGAUGUUAGCUCUGCUUCACACCAUUUUACUGCACCGGAGCACGGGCAAGUUUCACUACAAGAAGGAGGGCACCUACUCCAUCGGGACCGUGGGGACCCUGGACAUCGACUGCGACUUCAUCGAUUUUACCUUCGUCAGGGUUUCAUCAGAGGAACUGGACAGGGUGAUCAGGAAAGCUGUGUCUGAAUUCAAGGAUGCUUUGAACAACUCUGGCAGUGACGGCAUGGGGCAAAUCUCCCUGGAGUUCUACCAGAAGAAGAAGUCCCGCUGGCCCUUUUCUGAUGAGUGCAUCCCCUGGGAAGUUUGGAGCAUCAAAGUCAACGUGGUGAACCUGGCCAAUGAGCAGGAGAGACAGAUCUGCAGGGAGAAGGUGGGCGAGAAGCUGGGCGAGAAAGUCAUCAACGUGGUUGAGGUCAUAAACAGACACGAAUACCUGCCAAAGAUGCCCACCCAGUCUGAAGUGGACAAUGUGUUCGACACCAGCCUCAAAGAUGUGCAGCCCUAUCUUUACAAAAUCACAUUUCAGAUCACGGACUCUCUGGGCACCUCUGUGAGCACAACAAUGAGGAGGCUGAUUAAGGACACUCUGGCUCUGUGAGGACGCUCGAGGACAGAGAGGAAAAAGAUCUGGAUGAUUCAUUACCACAUACAUAGACAUGCGGUCUCUUUUUAUUCUAAAAACAUGUGAAAAACCUGGCAGUGUCAGCGAAGGCAACUCAUCUGUGGCUUCUGUGAUAUCUCUGCUGUGGUUUGGUUAUCGCUUGUACCUUAAAAUUAUUAUGUGAUGUUGAUUUUAAAUGCUUUUUGUUUUUGCAGUAUUCUCUUUGUCUCUUCCCUCUUCCAUCUAGGAAUUCAACCAUGACAGGGAAGAAAAUAAGAGUUUAUAUCAGUUCUUUAAAAAAUUGUGUUGCUGAUGUCAAAAAUGUGUAAUUUAUUGUUAAUCUUUGGCAAUAAAUGUUCAUCAUAUUGGAUGGUAGUAAGGUUUUGACAGCCAAAUUAAAUACUGACAUUGUUGUAGCAUCUAAGAUGAGUAAAACAGAGGUAUUCAGUACAGAACACCAUGUAAGACUAAUAAAUCACAUUUCUGUUCAUGCAAAAGCUGUGGAUGUGUUUUUAAAUCCUCAACUUCCUCUUUGCACACACAUUUGUGGAGUGUUUGACCUUACACAUGAGCAGGACAGGAUUUCCAGUUUGCCAGUUUUCCAAAUUAAAGCCUCCCAAGUUCACUCCUGAGUUUCCAGUCAGAAUUUGUUACAGCAGCCCUCAGUGUGAAAAAAAACAUCCCCCCCGGCUCAGCGUAGUGUGCCAACCGGAUGACUUGUGUGUCCGUUUUCACAUUCCACAUACCAACAAGCUUUACAAUUUGACACAAGAUUCACAUUGAUAGCAGUGUUUAGGAACAAUUAUUCAAUGGUUUUGUAACAGAAUAAUGUUUAAAUUGAGGGAAGACAACUUCAGAGAAACCAGCUAAAUUAAAACACAAAAUGAAAUAACCACUUUACUAGCAUUACAGACUAAGCAACAUUUCAUGAAUAAAACAAAAAGAUGAGUGUUCUCAUCUUGGAUUUAAUUAUGUUUAGGACUGUUUUAGAAGAAGAUACACAAACGCUUACUUUAGCUUUCGCUAAAGCUGAUAUAGCUUUACUGGCUACAUAGUUAACGCCAUUUAGUAAGACAUAAGCCACUGCAGCUAUGUUAGCUAUAGCUAAAGCUAAAACAAGCCACUGUUCGUUUAUGUACUUAUAAAACUGAUCUUGAGCUUUAGCAAACAUAGCAUAAACUAAUGUAGCAUCAUUAGCUUUAGAUGUAGCUACAAAUUAUCUGCAUAGCUAACUUGGCUCCAUUAGCUUUAGGUUUGACUUUUUAGCUAUGUUACCUGUAUAGCUAAUGUACCUACAUUAGCUUUAGGUUAAGCUACAUAGCUAUGUUGCCUACAUUGUUAAUGUAGCUUUUUUAGCUUUAGAUUUGGCUAUGUAGCCAGGUUAACCAGGUAGUUAAUGUAGCUUUGUUAACUUUAUAUUUAUUAAUGUAGCAAUGUUACUUAUACAGUUAACAUAAUUUAGUUAGCUUUAGAUUUAGCUACAUAGCUGUUACCUACAUAGCUAAUGUUGCUUCAUUAGCUUUAGCUGUAUUACUUACAUAGCUAAUGUAGGUUUCUUAGCUUUAGAUUGAGCUACAUAGCUAUGUUUCCUACGUAGCUAAUGUAGCUCAAUUAGCUUUAGGUUAUGCUAUGUAGCUAUGUUACCUUUGUAGCUAACAUAGCUUGAUGAGCUUUAUAUUUAACUACAGUUACUGCAACAAAAGGAUUUCCAACUAAAUAUGAACUGUUAUUCACUUUAAUCUAUUUUAAGUCUUUCUGUUCCAGUUCUUUUACUCACCUGAAAAUGUGGUUUUCUGUACAAAUAAAGCUAUCUCCUAAGUGGUGUAUCAUAUCAAGAUGUAAACACCCGGAAAUAAAAGUUGAAAUGUU